UUAUAAUCCAUAGGUGCGCUAAGAAUUUAUGAAGGUGCUCAGAGAACGUCUUUUGAUCUACGUAUGAACUGUGUUAUUCUUCUCCUUGGUCAAACCAACCGGAGCGCGAAACCAGAGAAGAGAAAAUGGGGUCUCUGUCAAUUGACGUAUGCUCUAAGCAAGAAUCCACGGAUAUUGAUCCGACCAAUUUGAUGAACCUCUUCAAAGCUCAGCAGAAGUACCUCAACCAUUUCUUCCAGAACCUCGAUCUCUCGCAGACACUAACGUUUGCCCACACCCUCCUCAACGCCAAGGGCACCAUUUUCUUCACCGGCGUCGGAAAAUCCGGCUUCGUCGCCCAGAAGAUCUCCCAGACUCUUGUCUCCUUGGGUAUCAAAUCCGGGGUAUUGUCCCCUCUUGACGCGCUCCACGGAGACAUUGGCAUUUUGGCUACCCAGGAUCUGCUCGUGAUGCUCAGCAAGAGCGGGAGCACGGAGGAGUUGGUUAGGCUUGUUCCAUUCGUGAAGGCUAAAGGGGUGUUUCUGAUCUCGGUAACCUCGGUGAAGCCCAAUUCCUUGAUGAGUGUUUCCGAUCUCAGCGUGCAUUUGCCUUUGGAGAGAGAAUUGUGCCCUUUCGAUUUGGCCCCUGUGACGUCCACCGCCAUUCAGAUGGUGUUCGGAGAUACGGUGGCGAUUGCUCUGAUGGCGGCAAGGAACUUGAGCCGCGAUGAUUACGCUGCCAACCACCCAGCUGGCAGAAUCGGGAAGAGCUUGAUCUUCAAGGUGAGGGAUGUAAUGAAGAGGAACAAAGAACUUCCAGUUUGUAAUGAAGGAGAUCUUAUUAUGGACCAGCUAGUAGAAUUAACUAGUAAAGGAUGUGGAUGCCUCCUUGUUAUCGAUUGUGAUUACCAUCUGCUAGGGACAUUUACCGAUGGUGACUUGCGACGCACAUUGAAAGCUAGUGGUGAAGCGAUCUUCAAGCUUACUGUUGGAGACAUGUGUAACAGACAACCAAGAACCAUUGGCCCUGAUGCAAUGGCAGUUGAAGCAAUGCAGAAAAUGGAAUCACCGCCUUCGCCUGUCCAAUUCUUGCCUGUUAUUAAUGAUGAGAAUGUAUUGAUAGGUAUUGUCACUUUACAUGGGCUAGUGGCUUCUGGUUUGUGAGAUCUUAAUUGCUUCAGAGUACAUGUUCCUCAUUUGUUCAUUGAUUAUCAUGAUACACGUAUAUGUUGUAUUUAGUGUCGUAGAAAUGGUGCAUGGAAGCAACAAUUCUGUAUUUCUUGUUGGCUUACCUAGCAUUCUUGUUGUAUAACUUGUAUUGAGGAAUGAGACGAUUAUACUUGAGAGAUUUGUUGUACAUGAGGAUGUGGCUAGGAUUGUAAACCAAUGAGAGGUGGAAUGGCCAUUUUGGCCCAUAUUGUCAACAUGACACCACAAGGCAUCUGU